UGCGUUCCUUAUCAUUCGUCAGAGGUCGAACUAUCAAUGUGAUCGUUCCGCAAAAAAUCCGUGUCCCAUCAAUCGUAAGCUGUCGAGAAUUUUUUUCUAUAUCUUUAUUUUUAUUUAUUAAUAUUAUGAUGCUUCUCCGAUCAUGAAUUAUGUCAUCUCUGAACGAUGCACAAUCCAUUCGUAUUCGUCCGUCCGCGUACUACCGCACUUUUUGUCUUGAAAACGAUCGUCGAUAAAAAUUACAUUAUAUUCAUGUUGUAGCAACCACAUUAUCGUUGCUCGAUAUGUUUUUCAAAAAAACAGUAGAUUGCACUCUAUGUGUGUUUCGGAGUUUUGAUCACAAAAAGUGCGCGAAUUCGAUUCGUAUUGACGUAUUGUAAAUGGAAUACGAGUAGGUACCUAGUUGCCACAACGAACUGGUCAACGCUCGACAAUGAUCUGUCAUCGGAUCUAACUGCCAGAAAUGACACUUAAAUGUUUUCUAGUCUUUUACUGUUUGAACUAAAGGAUUUCAUUGAUGUCGUUAGAAAUUAGCAAUACUGAAAAAAAACCAACAUGGUUAUUACAUAGCACAGCUGGUGCGUGUAGUGGAGGUUUUACCCGUUUGAUUUGUCAACCAUUUGAUGUGCUCAAAAUACGAUUUCAGUUGCAAGUCGAGCCAUUAUCAAGAAAUUCAAACAUCUCCAAAUACAAAUCUAUUCACCAAUCAAUUAGACUUAUAUACAAAGAAGAAGGUUUUAAGGCAUUAUGGAAAGGCCUUUUACCUGGGCAGUUCUUAUCAACUACCUAUGGAUUAACACAAUUUUUAGUCUUUCAAAAAACUCUGGCAUUACUAUCAAUAACAGAAAAAGAAUUAAAUCAGACCUCUAGUGUUCAUUUUUUAUGUGGGGUUACAUCUGCCACUGCUGCUACUUUGGUAUCAUAUCCAUUCGAUGUUGUACGCACUCGACUAGUUGCUCAAAAAUCUAAUCAAGUCUAUGCAAAUAUGAGAAGUGUGGCCAUAUCAAUGUUUAGGAUGGAAGGUGUAUCUGCAUACUACAGAGGGUUUUUUCCUACUAUAAUGCAAAAUGCGCUGCAAGGCGGGUUCUUGUUCAUGUUUUAUAACACAUUUUCAAAAUUUUCUUCUACUAAUACUAGUACUAAUACAACUGUUCAUGAUGACCGCAUAAACAGUGUUAAACAAUUUAGUUCGGGAUUUUUAGCGGGUGUAUUAGCAAAAACAAUUGUGUACCCACUUGACGUUGUAAAAAAACGGCUACAAUUACAAGAUUUUGUUCAUUCUAGGGAUGGUUUUGGCAAGAAAUUUUUAUGCAAUGGAUUAUUGGAUUGUAUCUAUGGGACGAUUAGAGAAGAAUCUAUUAAUGGUCUUUUUAAAGGACUAUCUCCAUCAUUGAUAAAAGCUGGGUUUACAACUGCGUUACACUUAACCCUAUACGAACAAACCUUUAAGUUACUUCAAUCUUUAGUUAACAAUUUUUAGUCAAUAGCUGAAUAGCUGUAAAUUUUGAUUACCAUUUUUUUUUUUUUUUAGAAAUUUAAUUUAGAAAUAAAUUACCAAAAGUCUGA